UUUUUAUAAUAAUUAUUGUUCAUCAUGUUAAAAAUAACUUUUAUGGUUUGCGAAUACAAAAAGUUAUUUAUCGACAUUUAUCAAAUAUCAAUUAAACUUCAAAAACACGAAUUUAAUUUAAACAAAUUGGUGUUUAGGACAGAAUUAUGAUUAUGGAUACAUUAAAUGAUCAAUUACACUUAUCCAACACAAAAACACAUUACGUGAUAAAUAAAAAUAGGUGGAGCAGGUUGCAUGGAAGGAAUGCAUGCACGAUGUAGCUUACAACCAAAAUAAGGAAUAGAUUGUUUGCAUGGUGAAAGAAAGAAGUCGAUGCCAAUAUCUCUAUUAAUUCCAUUCCAUGCAUCGUAAAACAAAACCAAAUAGAUACAACAUCAAAGAACCUUGUACCUGUCCAAUUCCAGCCACAAUAACCUGCGUGUUCCACCGGAAGAAGGGAGGAGAACGAGGAAAACACCACCACCAGGUUUCCUCCUCUCUCUUCCAAUAUCAUACAUACGUAAACUUACCCUAAGCUAAAACCUUCAACAAUGAAGAUCCUCCAGAAAGAUUUCGCCAUCAAUCAAACCGGAACUGCGAAGCUCAUGGCUGAAGAACCCGACGACGUGUGGGUCCUCUACAACCUCAUCCUCCCCGGUGACGUCGUUUCAGCCGACACCACGCGCAAGGUUCACCACGAUUCCUCCACCAAGAAAAACACAGCAUCACGUGUCAAGCUCACCCUCCACCUCAAAGUCACGUGCCGAGACUUCCACAAAGACUCCUCCACCCUCCGCCUCCAAGGCCGCAACCUCCACCACAACCAACACGUCGCCGCAGGCUCCUUCCACACCCUCUCCCUCGAACCCAACAAACCCUUCCUCCUCCGGAAAAAUCUCUGGCAAAACGACGCCGUCCAAACCCUCAACGACACCACCCGAAAAGAACGUACCAAAUCAAAUUCCACUUCCAUUCCCGACCUUGCUGUCGUUCUUUUCCACCCGCACCGCGCCGAGAUCCACCUCGUCGCAGAAGGAGACAAUACGCACUGCACCAAGGUCGAAGCCUGUCCCAACUCCAGGAAAAACGGAAAAGUUUCUUCGUCCGUGUUUUUCCGCCGAGUGUUGGCGGCUUUGGUGAAGCGCGUGGAUUUCAAGGUUUUGAGGGGCGUUGUGGUGACGAGCGAGGAGUUUCGUGCGUUUGUGGUGUCGGAAGCGAGGAAGAUGGGGAUACGGUGGAUCGAGGAUAACAAGACGAGCGUGGCGGUCGUGGAGGAUGGUGAUAGUUUGGAGAAAGUUUUGAGUGAUCCGGCGGUGACGGGGUUGGUGAAGGACAGCAGGGUUAUGGCGUUUAGGGAGUUGUGGGAGAUGGUGUGCAACGAUUCGGGCCGCGCGUGUUAUGGAGCCGAGGAGGUGGAGCGUGCGAAAGAAAUGAAAGCGAUUGAGACACUUUUGAUUACUGAUGAUCUUUACAGGAACGAGGAAGUUGGUACGAGGCAGAGGUACGAUGGUCUGGUGAAAUCGGUGAAAGACGGUGGAGGAAAGGCUUUGGUGUAUUCGCCGAUGCAUGUUUCGGCGUCGCAACUCUCGCAGCUCACCGGCGUUGCCGCCAUUCUCCGGUUUCCUUUGCCUGAUCUCGAAGUCCAAGAUUGAAAUGGUGCUAAAUAAUUUACUGUUUUAAGAAACAGGGUUGUGUUGUACAGAUUAACUAGUUAUAAUUAAUUUGUUGGUUUAAUUUGGUUAGUUGUCGAUUAACUAGUUAAUUAAUCUGGUGCUGAAGUCAGGGGAAAGUGGAUUGUCCAAGUUACGUGUAAUGAUUUGGGUUUGUGUGGUGUGUAUGUAAUCACGUGUUGUAUUUGUUGUUUACUUUGUGAUCAGAAACUAGGAAUGCAUGUCAGUUCAAAAAUAAUUUUAUUUUAGUAUGAAUAAAUGACCAAGUCUUUUAUUU